AGAUGGGCGGUCCCCGUGGGCGUGCGUGCCUGCGUGCUCGUGCGUGCUCGUGCGUGCUCGUGCGUGCUCGUGCGUGCUCGUGCGUGCUCGUGCGUGCGCGCGCGCCGCUGGCGGGGAGGAGCCAGACGCGUGAGGGCCUGCUCGACUGUCGUCACUCACCCCACGAUGGUCACCACCGCCUCCUCCACAGCGGCCCGGCCGGCGUCGCGGCGGGCACUUCCGGGAGCCCUCGGGUGUCCGUUGGGUCUGUCGGCACGCACUCCCCCGAGCGCGGCGCGGCAGGCAGGGAGAGCCGGCCGCAGACCUUCGGGAAGGAGGCGUGCCCCGGACGGCCUUCGAUGUGUCCCGUCCCCGGCGCUGUCCCUCGAGAGCCCACCUGCUGUGAGUGCCAGGCCGAAUUCGGGGGCUUCCUGCCGGUGCCCAGGGUCCAGGCGGCAUUGCCUUACUGGGUCCCUUUGUCUCUGAGACCCCGAAAGCAGAUCCAAAAGAUGGUCCGGUUUUAUAUCCCCAAAACCUCCGAGACAUGCCCCUGCUCAUGCCACCGCUUUGGGGGUCGGCUCCCGAUGCCUAGGGAUCAGGCCGUGAUGCCCUACUGGGUGCCCCAGAUCCUGAGGCCUCACAAGAAGGUGGCGAGAAGGCAGCAGAGUCGUAAAGGCGCCCAAGGCGUCGCUAGCACCUCCCACGUUCCCGCAGUGAGCGAGAGAAGCCUUACGCUUGGACAGUCCGUCUGCGUCGGCCUCCGGGGUGAAGCCGAUUUGCAGCCUGGAGUUCGAUGCAGUGGUGUCCUUGGCAAGGUGUCCGAAGCAGCUGAAACGUGUCGGGGGAGGAUGGACGUACGUGAGUGUGUGUAUGAAGUGCGGCACCUGCCACGGAGAGCUCGCGGCCCUCAGGAGCGACGGGAGGGGCCCCAGACACACUGUGGCCCUGAAAAGCUGAAGCCCCGUGUGGAUGUGGAUGCGGGCUGCGGAACCCCCCCUGGACCUGCACUCCUGCUACAACCGCUGGCGGAUCUGCUGCGACAGGCGCCGCCUCCUCAAGUGGCAACAGCUCCAGGCCCUUCACCAGCACGAGCCACUGGCCCCAGAGAGGGGAGUGAGCCCCCCAGCCCCCCUCCUGCCCUUCAGCCUCCUCACCCUCCUGCAGGUGGUCCUGAAGGUCGUGGUGGCGAUUCGCCACUUGUUUUGGUUUUGAAGUUGGAAUCUUCAGCCACUGCCGAGAACAUCAACGAAAAUGUCAGUCAUAAUGAAGGUCUUUAACGAGAAUGCCAAGUCGGGAGGAGUCCGUGAUAGCCCCAUUCUCUCAGGUCCUAUAAGUCACACCCGGGGCUGGGUCCAGGCUCUCAGCAGGCAGUGCUUCGUGGCGGCGCAGCUGCUGUGGACUGUGGGGGAGACGCUGGCGAACGCGGCCAAUAAACGUUAUUUGUGAAACUCC